UUUUUUCCUAUUUUUUCGCCUUUUACGUUUAUUUUUCAUCUUCCAAUGCUGUCCUGGUGUGACAAGCAAAACAGAAAUAUAUAUUUUUACAUUUUUCAACAUAUCACCACCGGUUAGAUGAGAGGAGGAUGAGGCAUAACCAGUAACCGGGUACCAUGUUGUUCAUCGUCCUCCCAUCCUUCAUCGCCAUUGGCCUGGCCUCAUUACUUGUCCUUGUUUUUGGGAGGAGGUUCCUGCUGUCUGGGAAAAAGCGAGUUUCUGUAGUUGUCUUGGGAGAUAUUGGCCGAAGUCCACGGAUGCAAUACCACGCCUUGUCAUUUAGUAGACAUUCAUAUGCUGUCGAUCUGAUUGGAUAUGGAGGAUCGUUAUCGCAUAAAGACUUACAACAAAAUAAGUUUAUCCAACAACACUACAUGAGGGAACCACCAGCAUUCUUUAAAUAUUUCCCACGGAUGAUGAUCUAUUUGUUGAAGGUGAUUUGGCAGAGUGCUGUCCUCCUCCUCUCUAUGAUGUCAGUAGAGAAACCAAAACUGGUGCUUUUACAGAAUCCCCCUGCAGUUCCCUCUUUAGCCGUGGCGUGGUUAGUUUGUAAGCUACAAGGGAGUCUGCUGAUGGUCGACUGGCACAACUAUGGCUACACAAUCCUAAGUCUUGCCUUGUGUGAUAAACAUCCACUCGUCGUAUUCUCAAAAUGGUAUGAGCAUUUGUUUGGUCGAUUCAAUGAUAUCAAUAUCUGUGUGACUAAUGCCAUGAGAGAUGACUUACAAAAGAACUGGAAUAUCAGGGCUGUUACUAUUUAUGACCGGCCUCCCUCAAUCUUCAAGAGAUUAUCAGUCAAAGAGCAACAUGACCUGUUUCUGAAACUAUCCAAGGAGUACCCCAUCUUUGCCGAUGUUGAAGGUAAUGAGCAAGCCACAGCCAUAACAGAAGAGCUUCCCGACAGAAGAAUUCAGCUGAGAUCAGACCGGCCUGCUGUCAUUGUUAGCAGCACGAGCUGGACGCAAGAUGAAGACUUCUCUUUGUUACUUAAAGCCUUAGAAGAUUAUGAACUGGCCGUUGGUGCUGGGCAUACAUUGCCCAAAAUUAUUUGUGCAAUUACCGGUAAAGGUCCUCAGCGAUCGUACUACCAGGAGCUUAUAAACCAGAAUGAUUGGCAACACGUCAAGAUUAUCACUCCAUGGUUAGCUGCGGAAGAUUAUCCCAAAUUACUUGGAUCGUCUGAUCUUGGCGUCUGCCUCCACACAUCUUCCAGUGGCCUUGACCUUCCCAUGAAGGUCGUUGAUAUGUUUGGUUGUGGUCUUCCUGUAUGUGCCAUCAAGUACAAAAGUCUCCAUGAACUAGUCAGAGAUGGAGAGAAUGGUGUUGUAUUUACAUUUGCCUUUGAGCUUGGCAUCGCGAUACGAGAGCUACUUGAACCCUUCCCUAAAGAUCAGACUCGACUGGACAAGUACAGGGAGAAUAUCCGAUCAUUCCAGGCAUUGCGAUGGGAUAAGAACUGGGAUGAACACAUACUGCCCCUCAUUCAAUGAGGUUUCAUGCAUCUAUUAAUGACUGACUAUCCAUCUAUUUAUGAGCAAUAUUCAGGAGAUUCAUAUCACGCGAGUUGAGAUAGUCCUAAGUGAUUGUACUGCCUUGCAGUGUUGUGCAUUUUUGAGGACACCCAACUCUCUCACUGAUUUUCUGGAAGCGAGGUAUGUUCUCUUGAGCACAAACUUAGGAAUGGUAUCUCUAAAUUCGAGAUUACAAGUGAAGUGUUUCCUCCUGUUCAUUCGUCUUGUGGUUCCACGGAGUACAGUAAUCGACAUAUAGCUCUGUCCAUCAAUCUGUCCAUCUCUGGCACAUCCAUUUACUGGUAAUGUUGUUGACACUGAAAAUGUACCUCUUGGUCAUAUCAUGAUUACCAUUUGGAAAUGGCUCUGAUGAUAUUUCUACUUGUCACAUCCUUAUGAUAAUGACUGUAUUCUGCUAUCUAAAUAAAUAAAUC